AUGGCUGAUGAACAGACUCGACCGAACGAGUCGUCGGCCAAGGCACAAGAUAGGACGAUCCAAUACCUUUGCUACGGCAAAGAACGAGAGUCUCCUUACCUCCCAGCCAUCAAAGCUCUCAUCUCGAAGGACUUAUCGGAACCAUACAGCAUCUACGUCUAUAGGUACUUUUUGUAUCAAUGGGGAGAUUUAUGUUUCAUGGCUGUAGAUGGACAGAAUGAAUUGAUCGGCGUUAUCGUGUGCAAAGUAGAACCCCACCGAGGUGGUCCCAUGAGAGGCUACAUCGCCAUGUUAGCCACUCGCCAGACACAUCGCGGACAAGGAAUAGCGACCAAACUCGUUCGAAUGGCCAUCGAAGCAAUGAUCGCAAAGGAUGCAGACGAGAUUGUCCUCGAGACCGAAGUUGACAACGUUCCCUCGCUCAAGAUCUACGAACGGCUCGGAUUUAUCCGAAAUAAACGACUUCAUCGCUACUACCUGAAUGGCAACACCGCAUUUCGGUUAGUUCUUUACCUAAAGCCGGGAAUCCCUUUCCGACAGACAUUCCCGCCAGAAUACCCUCCCAUAGACCCAUUAGAGGCUAGCUAUUACGCAACAGCCUUCCAAGAAGACGCCUUGGCUCAACAAGCGGCUCAGAUGCAGAUAGAGGAUGUAUAUGGGCAGAGCCAUAACCCCGUUCAAGGCAGCGUGUAA